AUGGCCGAUUUUCUCAAUGGAACCUUGCUCAUCUCGGAAGAUCCUGUCCAGCUGCCCCUCAUCGGCAGUCCAUGGCCCUCGCUAACCAUUGUCUCCCUCUAUCUGCUCUUCGUCCUGAAGGUGGGCAGACAGAUCAUGAAGGACCGCAAGCCCUUCGAUCUGCGAGGAGUUAUCAAGGCCUACAACAUAUUUCAGAUCGUGUACAACAGCGUGGUUCUCAUAGGCGGCCUCCACUUUCUGUUCGUUCUGAAGGCGUACGACCUGAGUUGCAUCAUCACUCUGCCGCUGGACCACGAGUACAAGAACAGGGAGAGAUACCUUACCUACGCGUAUGUCAUAAACAAAUUCAUGGAUCUCGCGGAGACGUUCUUCUUCGUGCUGAGGAAGAAGGACCGGCAGAUAUCCUUCCUGCACGUCGUCCACCACCUGGUGAUGCCCCUUGGCGGAUACAGCCAAAUCACCUUCAACGGAUACGGCGGUACCUUGUUCCCACUGUGCCUCCUCAACGUGGCAGUGCACGUGAUCAUGUACUCCUACUACUACUUGUCCUCCGUCAACAAGGCUGUGCAGUCGAGUCGGUGGAAGAAGUGCCUCACCAUUGUCCAGCUGGUCCAGUUCGUCCUGGUUCUAGCGAACUUAAUCUACACCCUGAGGCAGCCGACCUGCAAGGCCUCUCGAUCGGUAAUAUACUUUGGCAUGACGGUUGCCAUUAGCUUCCUCCUGAUGUUCACCAACUUUUACAUUCACGCCUACGUACUGCCCUCCAGGAAGAAGCCCGAGCUAAAGUUCCAAUAG